GACAAUUAUUCAACACCACAACACCAAUCCCCCCUUGUUCUGCUUUCCGUUUCUUCAGUCACCGUCUACCAACCGCACAACCUUCACCGAAUGCACAGUUACGAGCCGGCUCCUUGCGGUCAUGUGUGAACGUACCUUAAUUCUGCGUGUCUGUGUGUUGUUCGAUUAAUUCGCUCUAAUUGAGAUCAAGUGUUGUGCUUGUGGUUUGUCAGUGAUGAUAAGGAGCACGUGUUCAGUGACCAGCUGAUGCCUCGUUGGGAUUACGGGAAGUUCGAUUGACGGUCGUACUGGAAGGGGAACGGUACUGCAGGAAUAGCCGUUAUGUGCACUCGCUUUUUGGAUAAUGCCAUCGAUUGUGGUCUAGCGGGACUUGUAAAACAAUAAAAGGUCCUGGUGUAAUGAACUUUCCCUCAGGAUAAGGAACAAGCGGAAAAUCUCACAGACGCGGAAUCUAACAGGACUCGAUUCAUGAUGAAGGCGGUGAGGGACACGUUUUUUGCAGUCGUCGCCAUCUUGGGCCUUCUACACAAAGGAUGCUGUGCCAACUUACCGCCGGUGUUCACGAUGGACAUGAACAAUUUGGCCAUAUCGGAAAGAACGCCCGUAGGUAGGGAGAUUUAUAUCUUGAAGGGCUCCGAUCCGGAGAACGGGCCUGUGCAUUUCGCGUUAGAGGGGACCGACGUGCUGCAAGUGAACCGAAAUACGGGGGCGGUGACCGUCGUCAAACCCCUGGAUUAUGAGACCAACACCACCCUUAAGGUCAUUGUAAGCAUCGAAGACGAAGUCCAAGGUGGCAGAAACAACGUAGUUUCAGUCCCUACGAACGUGAUAAUCCUAGAUGAAAACGAUAACGCGCCCGAUUUCAUAGAUGCUCCUUAUGAUAUACUAGCGCAGGAGGACGCGCAAAUCGGAACGACGAUAUUCUCGAAAGUGCUAGUGGAAGACAAGGACACGAUAGGUGCAAACUUGGAAGUCGAGUGCAUUAACUUGCCUGAAUACCACGACGCGUGCGACUUUUUCCAAGUGGAAACUAUCGAGUCUCUGCAGAACUCGUACCACGGUGCCAUAAUCCUGCGGCAGAAGCUCAACUACACGGCUCAGCAAAAGCACCAGUUUUUGUUGAAAGCCACGGACGGCCAACUCAGCAGCAGUACAAACGUGACCGUAAACAUAGGUGACGUUCAAGACACUCCGCCCCGUUUUAUAGGCGAUUUAAAAGCGGAAGUCGACGAGAACGCCUCCAUUAACACCCUAAUAAUGACUGUUCAUGCAGAAGAUGGCGAUAGGGGCGUCCCCCGCAAGAUAGUGUACGAGCUCAUUAAUAAUCCCCUGGAUUAUUUUAUUUUGGACGCCAUUACCGGGGAACUGCGAACUGCUAGACCUUUAGAUAAGGAAGCCGUUGACAAUCCGCAAGGGAUAUUAACCCUAAAUAUCAAGGCUCAUGAACUCGUGGACGGGGUCAAAGGCACCGACCCUUCGACCGUAACCAACGCAGAAGCGACUAUCAAAAUUAGAGACGUGAACGACGAGCCGCCGUCGUUCAAUAAACGCGAAUACUUUAUCCAAAUCCCGGAGAACAUCUCCGAAGGGUCGGCGUUGCCCUCCCUGGACAUGGUAGUGACGGACCCGGACGAAGGCAACAACUCCGUCUUCUCCCUCCAGCUCGACGACAUCUCCUCCUCGUUCUCCAUCGAACCCAAAGUCGUGACCGGCUCUUCCCCCGUGAUUAUCCGCGUCGCCAACAGUUCCCUGGACUACGAGGACCUCAACCAGCGCAAAUUCAUCAUCUUAGCCGUCGCUAAAGAACUGUACACCUCCGAGCGCCUCUCCUCCACCGCCACCGUUACCGUGACCGUAACGGACAUUAACGAUAACGCGCCAACUUUUGAUCAAGAAGGAUAUUCGGCGGCCAUUUCGGAAGUGUCCAGCCCGGGAACUCCGGUAAUAACAAUAACUGCGAGGGAUCGGGACAGCGGAAACUUCGGAGAGAAUGGGAUUUUUUACCAUUUGUCCGGGAGCGGGAGCGAGAGGUUCGUGGUGCACGAGAGGACGGGGACGGUGAGUGUGGCCGAGUGCGACAAACCAGGAAAGGAGCCCUGUCUGGAUUUCGAGGAGAAAGAAGAGUACCGUCUGCACUUUAUCGCCACCGACGACGAAGGCAAAGGGCAAACCACGCGCGUCCCGCUGAAAAUCCUCCUGACCGACAGCAACGACAACCCUCCGGUCUUCACCCAAUCAAUCUACCGGGUUUUUAUUAACGAAGGCGCCGUCAAAUUCGAUCCCGAUCUCGUCGUGGAGGCGGUAGACGCCGACAAAACGUCGCACGUUACGUAUUCGAUCAUUUCCGGGAACGACGACGGCCUGUUUAGCAUCGAGCCGAACUCGGGAAAAAUACGCAUCGCUAGCAACAAGGGACUCGACGUCUCCAACGAUACUGAUAAUAUCGUUUUAUUAACUGUAAUGGCGAGCGACGGCACGUUUACUUCCACUUCCCUAGUCAACGUCACCGUCAGGGACGUUAACAACAAUUACCCGAUUUUCGUGGAGGAGAGCUACGUCGAGGCGGUGGCUGAAGACGCGGAAGUCGGGACGACGAUUGUCCAAGUGCGGGCCACGGACAUGGACAUGGGAGCUAAUGCCGAGGUCUCGUACGACAUACGAAAAGGGGCUUACGAAGACUUCCAGAUUGAUGAGGUUACGGGGACCGUGGUGGUUGCCUCCAAGCUGGAUUACGAUAGGCGGAACACGUACACGAUGGAGAUUAUAGCGAGGGAUCACGGGGAGCCACCGCUCACAGGGACGACUACCCUUACCGUGAACGUCAUCAACACGAACGACAAGACGCCCUAUUUCGUCCCUACCACUCAGAAAGCAGAAAUUAUGGAAGAUGCUUCUAUCGGCACGCUAGUCCACACUCUGGUUGGUCUAGACCCGGACGUCAAUUCCUCGGAAGCUUUGAAUUUUGCGGCCACCGAACCCAUCACGGCCUUAGAUAAGCACGGCAAUGAAGUGAUAGGAGACGAUACCUUCAAGAGCUUCUUCACCGUCGAUAAAAACACAGGAAAGGUCACCGUUGAAAAGAAACUACAACGUGAUAUUGCGGCCACUGUACGCAUUACCGUUCUCAUUACCGACAUCACAGCCCCCACGGUCCAACAAGGAGAAGGUCUUUUAAUCAUCACGAUCACCGACGUCAACGACUCCCCGCCCACCUUCUCAUCUCCGUGGACGCCCUUCGAUCCCACCUACACCCUCGAGCUCAAAGAAGAGCAGCCCGUGGGCACAAUCGUCUCAAAGUACAAAGCUGUCGAUCAAGACUCGGACAUCGCCGCCUACGCAAUAAUCCCCGAAAGCGAGCACUUCCAGAUAAACAACGGCACCGGAAUCAUCCAAAUCAAGAAACAAAUCGACUACGAGGAGACUCAAGAGUUGACUUUUACGAUCUACGCGUUCGACAGCGGCGUGCCCCAGCUCAACGCCACGGCUACCGUCAACGUGAAAGUGAUCAACAUCAACGACAACGAUCCCGUGUUUUCGGCGCCUUCGUACAACGCUAGCGUGCACGAGAACUCCCCGAACGGGACGUUCGUGGCGCGGGUGAAGGCGACGGACGGCGAUUCGGGCGACUUCGGCAAGAUUACGUACACGUUGACCGGCGAGCACAGCGGGAAUUUCGAAAUCGGGAGCGAGUCGGGCGUGAUCACGGUGGCCAAUUCCGGGUUUUUGGACCACGAAGUUGUGCAGGAGGUGGUGGUGCAGGUGGUGGCUAGUGACGGCGCGCCGAACAACGUGAAGAGGUCGGCGACGGUGCCUGUUAACGUGAAAAUAUUGGAUGUUAAUGAUAAUAAGCCGAAAUUUAAUCAGAGUGAGUACAACGUGACUGUAAUAGAAAACGUGAGGCUCAACCCGCCGGUUCCAUUGUUGCAAGUUAAUGCCACUGAUGAAGAUUCGGGGAUUAAUGGGAAUAUACAUUACGAAAUUAUUGGAGGGAACGACAGAGACAUUUUCCUCCUGGGUGUGGAAACGGGCAUCCUGUACCCCCACAAAUCGCUUCUGGGCCAAAACCGCGAUUUCCGGCUCCAGAUCGAGGCCCGGGAUGGCGGCGGCAACGGCCAGCUUUUCGAUCGUGCGGUUAUUAAUGUACAAGUGUUGAACGUUAACGAGCAUCGGCCCGAAUUUAUAAUGCCGUUCCUGCAGAAUGCAACAGUUGAAAUAACUGAGAACGCAGCUGUUGCGAACUAUCUAGUCAUGACGGUUAAAGCGACGGACGUGGACGAAAACGAGAACGGCAGAAUAACGUACCAUUUGAAAGUUGACGGACAGGACGUCCAGGAAACUGACGAGUUUUCCAUUGACGCUAACACCGGGGAGCUGCGGAGCAAGAAGUUUUUGGACAGGGAGGAAAAGGCGAAAUAUGAGCUUGUUUUGGUGGCUAAAGAUCACGGCUCGCCGAAGUGGUUUGAGACUCUGCGCUACCUGACGAUUCUUCUCGUGGACACUAACGACAACCGGCCUGAGUUUCCGGAUUCGCAAAGCACGAAUCCUUACCACUUUUACGUGACGGAGAACGAACCAAGCGGGACCAGAAUCGGUCAGGUGAAAGCUCUCGAUCGCGAUGAAGGAACCCACGCCAAAGUCUACUAUUACUUCCUCAAAGGUAACGAAAAUGGCGACUUCCGUUUAGACAAACUUGAUGGUUAUCUCUACACUAACAAAGCGUUCGAUCGUGAAGAUCGGGACGACUACAGUUUGUACAUUCUGGCUAAUAACGACCCAGACUUUUACCUCUCGCCGGAAGACAAAGAUAAGUUGAACGAAGACGAAGUCAUCCACGAUAGCAGCAUAGCAAAAGUAAAAGUCACCGUGAACGACGUUAAUGACAACAUUCCAAUUUUUGAGCAGAGCGUCUACAACACAGCCGUAAACGCCAUGGCUAACAUUAACGACUUUGUUACGAAUGUAACUGCGUUUGAUCCCGAUUUGGGUCCUAACGGUUCUUUGACCUAUUACAUAAAAGCGUCUAAUUUGUACAAAUACGGAUCAAACAAAAGCUCCGGAUCGAUUAUUCCCUCACCCUUCAACAUCACGGAAAGGGGUGAGAUUUCUACGGCCACUUAUCUAGCCGAGAAUAACCAGCACAGAUUCGUAAUUGAUAUUAUUGCGAGGGAAAACGCGUUCCCGGAAAGAGAGGCCUACACGCAAGUUCAUGUCUGGAUUUUCGAGCCCGAACAACUGAUUAGAGUCAUACUUUCGCGCCCAUCCGACGAAGUGACAAGAGAAAGGGAUGAAAUUAUCGCUGAACUGAGCAACGCCACUGAAAGUCUAGUUAUUAUUGAUGAAAUACGAUAUCACACGGACGACAACGGUUACAAGAACGAAGACUGGUCCGACAUGUACAUCCUCGUGGUGGAUCCUCUAACCCAAACCAUUCUCCCCGUUCCCGACGUGCUUAAAAUCAUCGACUCCAAGUACGACUUCCUCAAGGAUUAUUACGCAGGUUUUGCCAUCGAGAACGUCCUUCCCGCGUUCGUUAUGGAAAAAGAUGAGUCCUUCGAUCCCGCUCUGGCUGCACUUAUCGCUUUGCUCAUCGUCCUUUUUGUCGGUGUUAUCACUUUCAUCAUUGUUUGUUGCUGUCUGAGACACUGGGUGAUCUCACCCUCCGAUCUAAAGAAAAAAGAUGCUCUGAUUAAGAAAGCAAUCAUCGAUGACCUGAACACCACGGAAAACCCGCUGUGGAUCGAACAGAAACUGAAAAUCUACGAGGAGCAAGAAUUAACGAUGCAGGUGUUCAAUGAACCGGAACAGAACGUUGUGGCGCGAAGAAAUAGCGACGAUUUCAUCCCCGAGGACAAUACGUAUGCCACCAUUCAGCAUCCGAACCGGCGGGGUUCUUCGCAUAUCGCUUCCAGAUCUCUGGCUGAAGAUCUAGCGGAUUACGCCACUCUAUCGGGACUUCCACACCAGACGGACAGCUCGCAUAGCUCGCUCCGAGGAGCGCCAAACUAUUACGAAGCGGCGAUGGGCUUCCAGGGUUCCACAUUCCAAGUUCCCGAACGAAUCGGUGAUACCGACUACGACUCUUACAGGACUAGGUUUAAAGGAUCCGAACUGACGAUUAAUCAGGAAGGGCAACCCGAGUACGUUGCCGAACUGAUUUAAUUUUAAGAUGACGAGAUGCCUUCGUGUGACUAGUGAAAGUGACAAUAGUGAUUUAGAAAAGAACUGCUGUGUAAAUAAGGUUUUUAUUAUUUGGUCCGUCUGUUUGAGUUACAUGGGCGGUUCUUUCUAAAUCAACAGACAGUUUUUCUACUCUAGGAAAAGUGAUAAAAAGUUUGUUGAAAAUUAUGUAUCGUUACCUGAAUACUUAAGCGGGUCGAAGCCUGCGUCACGUAAUUUUCGAUUUUUUAUUAUUCGACGAUUAUUUCAUAGCGUGAUUUUGUGUAAGAUAUUAUUAUAUGUAUUAGGAUAACAAUUGAGGGCCAUAUCAGUUUUUAUUUUAAUAUACUUUGCUGGCAUAUUUUAAAUAGUUUUAUCUUAUUUAUUUUUUUACUGUAAUUAUUGAUAAAUAAAAUUGUAUAGAUUUGUACAUAAAUCUUUAUGUAUUGAUGA